AUGGUUAUACAACCUUAUCAAGUAUUGUGGGAAACUUAUCUAAAAUCAGGUAUGGGACAAUUAGUUGUACCAUGGAAAACACAAACACCCGGUUCCAUUAAUAUACGAAUAUGGCCAAAAGCAAUUAAAACAAUGUUAGGAUCAGCAAAUACGGAUAAAGCGAACGAAAAUGAUCUAUAUUUAAAAUUUGUUCAUCAACAGUUGGAUGCGUUAGAUAACCAAUUAAAAGACUGUCAAAGACAAUUGGAUACCAGAGCAAAUAACAUGACGGGUUAUUCAUUAUCUAUCCAAAAAAUGAUUGAAUUAUAUAUUGAAAAAAAUCUUCAUUUUUCACGUAUUGAAAUCGAGCAUAAAGUGGAACUUGUGCAUUAUCAAUAUUAUAUUCGAGCAUUAAAAUUAGCAUAUUUGCGAUUGAAUCCAAAUAAAUAUCAAGUAGAACGUUUUAUGAGAGAAAUCUGUGAAAUUAAACAUGCACAAGAAACAACUCAACAAGAAUAUGAUUUUCUACAAAAACAAAUUGCUUAUUAUAGUUCACCAAGUCAAUCGUUUGACGCCUCACUAAUAGGUUCUUCGUCAAUAAUUGAUUCUGUAGACGAUGAAUAUCUUCGAAAAGAAUUAUUUGGAAAAUAUAAAGAUAUAGCUGAACAAUAUAGAACCACUUUAUUCAAUAUGUAUCUGAAAUCAGCUGAAGAACAACGAAAAGAAUAUAAAAAAAAACUCGAUGAUUGCGUACAACAGAUGUAUUCAUCUCAAAAUGCAUUGAACGAAAAUCAACGACUAACUUCCAUCAUGGUUCAACUUAUUACCCAACGUUGCGAUAGAAUUAGUGAACAUAUUAAAUGUGUGUAUGAAUUUAAAGCUCAAUCUAUGGCAUCAAAAUCUUCACUUUAG